UCGGGGGAGAAGGGUUGUGCAAAAACCAAAAUAUGAAAGUGUCCGAAAUAUUCCUUGGUCGGCCUGUGUAUAUAACUUAAAUCCAAAAUAACGAAAAAAUAAGAAAAGUUACACUAGAGCACCUCGAGAAAACGACUAGAGGUACACAAAAUAUACCGUCAUGUCAUUGACGGAAGCCACCACCGCCACCCUUUCCUCCACCCCAAACCGGCGUUCAUACCGUUGCUAUAACUGCAACGACGCUUUCCACAUCACCACGACCGCCAACACAACCGCCGUUAGCUCCUCCUCCUCCUCCUCAUUCCGUUGCCCACGUUGCUUCCACCGCCACCUCCUUCCAAAUUACACCAUUGCCACUCCCAUUACAACCCCUCCUUCACCUCAAUCUGAACCUUCUAUUAAUCCCAAUUUUACGCCUUCCACCACUAAUUCUUUUGUUUUUUAUGAAUCUGAAUCUGAUACAGAGUGGACUGAUUCUGAUGAUCUCGAGUUUGAGUUUAACUCAACUGGAUUUUCUUCUCCGACGCUGAAAUCGUUUAUUGAUUUAUUACCGACUGUGAAGAUUAAGGAACCGUUGAAGAGCUGUUCGAUUUGUUUGGAGGAAUUGGAGGUUAAUAAGGAAGUGAGUGAAUUGCCUUGUAACCAUUUUUUUCAUAAACACUGUAUUGUUCCUUGGCUUAAGAAGAAUAAUACUUGUCCACUUUGUCGGUAUGAGUUGCCGAGAGAAGAGGUGGACGAAUUCGAAAAGGAUUCGGAAGAAUUUUUUACUUCAGCUGGAUUGAUUAGUGAAUUAAGUGAAUUUGAUUAUGAAGAAUUUCUGGUUAAUGGUGUCGUUUUUGUAUCAACAACAACACCACCGGCUUUCGUGCCUUCUUCAAGUGAAGUUGGUGAGGAUGAUGAUGAGGUUAACGAAAGUGUUCCGGAGGAAAUGCGAGAUGAAGAUGGUGAUAUGUUGAUGGUUGAUGCAUGAAGUUUAAUGGAGAAGCAUAUAUAGACAUGUAAAUAUUUAUCUAUAUAUAGAUAUGUAUAGGAUACAUGUUAUGUUACUCUUUAGUUGAUGUUCAUAUUAUAUCUUAAGUUCAUAUGUGCAGUUCUUGAUGCAUUCAA